GAGACGAUACGCAUGAACUGACGUGAAUGCCGAGCAGCAGCAUCAGCAGCAGCAGCAGCGCAAGCCCAGCAGAGCUCAGCACCGCCGGCCAGAGUAAAUGGGACCGCACGUCGACCGAGCGUUAGAAAGAUGGAGAGAUUUCUGCUGCUCGUCCUCAGCUGUCUCGGCGUCUCUCGAGUCGCAGCGGAUAGCUUGUCACCUCCCGUCAAUGUGACCAUCAAAGCGCUGAAAGCAAACUCUGCUGUGGUGACAUGGGACAUCCCCGAGGGAGACUCCGUCAUUGGCUUCGCCAUCACACAGCAGAAGAAAGACGUGCGCAUGCUGCGAUUCAUCCAGGAAGUCAACACCACCACACGCUCCUGUGCAUUAUGGGACUUGGAGGAGGAGACCGACUACAUUGUGCAUGUCCAGUCCAUCAGCAUGUCUGGGACGAGCCCGCUGAGCGAAGCGCUGCGCUUCCGAACGCCGAAGGAGGCCGAGACUCAGGCCUCUAAGAGUAAAGACGAAGUGACGAUGGAGGAAGUGGGCCAGACCACCCAGCUGAGGGCGGGGGAGCUUAUCAUCAUCGUGGUGGUGCUUAUCAUGUGGGCAGGUGUGAUCGCUCUCUUCUGUCGCCAGUACGACAUAAUUAAAGACAACGAGCCCAACAACAACAAGGACAAAGCCAAAAACUCCUCGGAGUGCAGUACUCCUGAACACCCAACAGGGGGGCUGUUGCGCAGUAAGUUCUCCAAGAACAACAAGAUGCCAUCUGUUAACAUCAUUGAGGUGUGACUGCCAGGACGUCACCUCUUUAUCCGAAAGACUUUGUGUUCUCACAAACAAGCGGGGCCCCUUUUUAAGCCCAUCUGCUUGUCAGGAUGAGGCUGGGACUCUGGGCCCCUCGGCAUGGGGCCUACUACUCUCUUUUGGCACGGGGCAUGGUGCCAAGAUGAUGCUGCAGGACAACAGGGACUCAGACACGAAGACCUGGCCGGUGCAGCUCUGAGAGCGGAGUCGGCAGUGGAGAGACUGCGGCUGGAGUUGAGUGGCUUCAAUGUGCUCAAUGACUUUGGUACCAUGGGGCAGCAGAGAUUAGGGCCAAAUGGCUCCAGAGGUGGAGCGACUGCAGACAAACCAACCACAGGGACCAAAACCGAUAAAGAGAGCCACAGCCCUUUUAUUCUCUCUCCCCCUUUGUCACCUCUUUUCUUGCCGUCUUUCAGUGCGUUAUCAAAAGCCACAAACCUGGAGCUUAUUACCUAGUUUGGGUUGCACUGGGAUGCAUCCACUUUGUCAAAUUCAUCCCCUGUAACUCGAUCUCAGCAUCUUCUCUCUAAUUUCUUUUAUAACAUCCUGUUUUUAACUCUAAAUACUGUAGAUUAUUCAACUGUAUCACUGUAGUUUUACUUCUUUGAUUUUCAACAUGGUGCCACCAGAGCACACCUGUUGUUCUGGUAUCUUUAUUUUCUUCAUUUAGACCCCCUUUUCUCCUCUGAAAGAAACUCAUUAUCCUCCUGUGGGAAAGGUUUUAUUCUCGCGAGCUCAUUUUCCCACCUCAGGGAAUCCAGACUCAACCUGACAAUUUAGGAGUCAUUUAUUAGAUUAGCGUUAGCAGGAUCACUCGGCUCAUUACCAAAGCGGAAUUUCCCAAAUUUGUCAAAAAAUAAAUAAAGACAAAACUCUUAAGGUCGCAUUGAAAGUCAUCUCCGAUUUGAACACAUGUAAACAGUGAAGUCCUUAACAUUUACUGCGGUCACACUUUGGAUUUCAACAUUCUAUUACUUCUGUCCUGUUUUUUAUUAUAGAUUUCUGAAAUGCUACAUUCCACCUUCCAGAAUGAGCCCUUUAGUAUUUCCUUGUGUCUUUCUCUUAGAGGGUGAUGGAUUUCAGAGCAUUUCUGGGCGGGGGAGAAAAAGGAGCUGCCAUAGUGGUGUGCAUUCAUCUAAUUAAUGAACUUCAAAAAGGGGCUGGACUUUGUGGACCUCUACAGAGGAGUGGACUGAAGAAAUCCCUCGCAUCAGCAAUAAUAGCCCUCAGUGGAGUGCAGGAGCCAGGACUCUGUGGCAUCUUCGUCCUAAACUCAACCUCCCACGCAAUGUUCGGACAGAUGAUGAAACUGAACAUAUGUGAGGGAAUGAAUGCUGAAUCUGAGUGAGAUAAAAAGUUAAAGCGCUGUUGUAAAAACUUUAGUUUCUGAUGGCUAGCAUGAAAAAUAAACUUUUUUUAAGCGCCCAAAAUCUUCAACCCUCAGACUGCUUCGUGACGUCCAGAAGAGAUGUCGCAAAGACAGAAGGGCUUCGAUCAAAAACCUUUUCUCAAAUCAAAGUCAAAAUUUGUGUUGAACUCAAUGUUAAAGAGGCUAAAACGCAGAGAUAAGAAGGUAAACUGUGAUCUGUAAGCAGGACUUGUUUUAAGACAGUGAAAUGGUGUAUUUGAGGGCUGAUCUAAACUCAGUAGUACUGCCUUAAAAGUAAUAUCUUGUGUUUUCACUAACAUGAUGGAAGUAUAUCAAGUUUGUGUCAUCUGCUUUAUCACAUGAUAUUUAAUUCAGCGUGCAAAGUAAAAGGAAAUAUCACAGUAAGUAUGAAAAUGUGGAGGAAAUGUUUGGCAUUUAAUGUGUACAUACAUUUUAUAUUUCAUUCUUGUUUGGUGGUGUGACUUUAGCGAGUCUUUUAUGAAACAUGACACUAAUGUGAACAAUGUAUAGCCUCAAAAUAUAGGAGGGCAUUGCUACUGGGGAUUGUUAUGUUAUGCACAGCUACAAAAGUCAUGAUAUUAACAAGCUUUUUCCAUAGCAGCCCUCUAAUAUGUAUUUUUUAAUCACAUUAUAUCAAUGUGAUUUUUGUGUACAAUAGGAAAAUACUUUUAUGAGGAAUGUAAUUCAAAAUAUUUGAAAUAAUCAACCACACUUAUCGGUUAACAGCCGCUGGAAAUCUCCAUUGACAGGCAGAGCGAUAAACCCUCUUACUCUGCACUCAUUUUGCUGAGCAUCGUGAGUGACUUGUGAACAAAUAUGGUAUGUGCACACAAACAGAUCACAACGCCAACAGUAGUGAACUGAGGAAGGCUGCAAAGGCAAGUAAAAGAGCAGUGAAGGAUACGGUCGGGUAGAGCAGGUAGACUAAUGACUAAUGCAGUGGAAGGCUUUUAUCACUCUCUUCCUUCCUCCACCUCCCCCUCUCGCAUCUUUCACUCUUAAUAAGAGAAAAAGCUAAAGAUUGUGCUCCCUAAGAAAGCACCUGACUUGUGUCAGAGGCAGGAGUGGGUUUAAGGUAAAGUCAGAGUGGGAAAAGGGAAAAGAGACUGAUUCACUCAGACAUUUGUGCUGUUGCCAGGACAAACAUGGUGAUGUCACUAUAACAGCGCUGUGCUGCAUCACUCCAGAGGGAUCAGCUCUUCACCCCAAACUUUUGUGGCUGAAGGCUGAAUCCAUUUUUUCCCCCGGAACAAAGCACUGGUUCCUCUCCGAUCGAUAGGCCUCCAUCCACACAGAAAUGGUUUGUGAUGAUUGUCUCCAUGGAAGGUUUCUCUAGACUAGUGCUAUGCCUUAAGUUUCCAAGUAAUAUAUGUCUCAGCAAUGCUCCCUGUAGGCACUCUUUAUUUACUUUCCUCCUCUGCAGUCGCUUCAAUAAGUUAAACUUCAGCUAGCAAAAUAAGAGGUUUACUUUCAGAGCCUUCACAGCUUUGACUGAUUAAAGUUGAUCCAAACAGUGCAUCAUCAUGUUCACAUUAUGGUUCACCUCUAUGUUGCCACUGUAAAUAAUGUAUUACUGGUUUAAAUGUGGGGCUACAAUACAUUCACUUAUGUGGAAGGUUGUCCAACUGUUAAAGAACAUUUUGCAUUAGAUUAGAAGAUCAAUACCACUUCUAUCACAUUUAUAAUAUAAAUAUGAAGCUACAGCCAGUGGCUAGUUAGCUAUAGAAACAUUGUUUAACAGAGCUAAGCUAGCGGUUCCCGUUUUCAGUAUAUAUUCAAAGCUAUGCUAAGCAGCUGCUGGCUGGAGCUACAUAGCUCAUGAGUUAUAUUGAUCAGCUCAUCUAAUUCUUUAACCUUGAUUAAGCACAUUUCCCAAAAUACUGAACUACUUAUUUAGACAGCAGUAGGCUGUCUGCGUAUAAUCUAUGUCAUGUGCUUCUCAGUUUGAUGUUAACUGCUGUGGAGCAUCAUUAGAUUUUACAUAGACGUGGGUUUGACUCUGGGGCAGCAUACAAAGAUGGACAACACAUCUCGACUUCCUGCUUUUAUAAAAAAUUAAGCCGAAACAUGGGUGCCGCCAUCUUGCACAUCUGAUGUCCUUUGGAGCCAGAAUCUGCGUAAAUGUGAUUGUGUUGCAGAGCCCCGGUAGAGGAAACCAACUUACUGGAAAAAAAUUGAACUUGAACGAACAUCAGUGUGAUAAAAACUACCUACAAUGACAGAAACAAUUUUUGAGGAAAAUUAAUUCACAUACUGCAGCCAGCCACCAGGGGGCAAUUGAAAUGUUUUGGCUUCACUUUUGUGAAACUGUCAUGUCAGCAAUCUUUAUAUACAGUCUAUGGUUUGACCAACAUUCACAAAAAGAGGGUGUUACAUGUUGGGUGGGUGAGUGGAAGAUGCCUCCACACAUUUCAUACGUGGUAGCGUAGCAUACACUCAAUCAGCCACACAAGACCUUACUCCUGAAGAGAAACUGAGUUUGGUUGUUUGUUGUCAUGAGAACCACUGAUGCAUCUGGUUAGAACAGGCUAAAUACACACCUGUCCACAGCAGAUAGACAAAACUUUUUUCCUUUAAAACAAAUGGUGAUGACUGUAAGAACUCGACAUUCCACUUGAGACCUGUGGUGUGAAGCCACAACUCCACACUGAGGACUUUGUUUCAGUGCCAGAGGCCCAAGGCGUUUCUCAAGCUACUUUAUGUACCAUACAAUGCCUGAAAGAGAACAAUAUGCUUGGUAGCUGUACUGGACGAUUUUGUGAUGUAUUAGACUAGAAACAUGCCAGGAAGUUGAGACUAUUUUGUCAAGGGGUUAUUGAAAUGAGAUCCACAAAGAAGCAUUGUUUAGAGAAACUGCUUUAUUAGUGCUAUCAUGUUUAUAUUCAUUGUACGAAGUGUACAGCAGUCAUUGCUUAAU